AUGCCAGGCGCCAUGGCAGAGACCUCUGCAGGUGUAUAUGAAUCCCACCUGACUGCUGAACCAGAGGAUCUUGCAGAGGCUGAGCAAAAGAAGCUCAAAUCUGAGUUCACUAAAUUGGAGAUGGAAAUUGUAACUGUACACCAUGUGCUGGCAGUCAAAGAAAGAAGGGGCGGCAUGGAGCUUAGAAGGAAGUUGGGCCUCAUAGCCUUGGUAGCAGAGAAUCUGUCCAAGAGCUAGCACAAUGUUCAGAUCUCCAAUGCCUAUGUGAAACAGAAGACAUCAGCUGCCCUGUCCACCAUGGGCUCUCCCAUCUGCAGGAAGUCAGACAUGAAGAAGUCGGCCACAUCCUUUCAAGGGUACAUGUUCAAUAAGUACUUGUUGAAUUAA